UGUAUAUACGGUUACAUUUGCAACUUUCUUGUUAUUAAAACAUAGGCCUUUUGGUUGUUAUUAGUACUUCGUUUUGUCUAAUCAUUUCAAAUGUUGGUUGAAUAUGUUAUAUCGCAGUUUGGACUAAUGCUUAUAUUCACUUCAUAGUUUGCUAACAUUCUUCAAGAUGAAGCAACAUUCAGCGUCCGUAUCCUGCCAACCUAUUAAGGCUUGAAUCCCGUUCCGAACAGCUUUCAUGCUGUUGUGAGUUUCGUGUGAUGUCAUAUCUGACUUGUACGUCAUCAAACACACCAUGAGGACGAACCGCGAAAUUCGAAUCGCCUUCUAUUCGGUAUUCAUCGGAUUCCUCUCGGCUCUCAUCCUUGUUCAACUCUACUUUUCACAAUCAGAUGCACGGAGGAAGCGCAUCGAUGAACGUCUCCAAAAGCAGGAGGAGCGAUUCCGUGCAUUGGCAAAUUACCAGGCUGAUUUGCAAGAGCAUGAGCCGUGUAAAAAUCAACAACCUAGAGCUUGCUCGAGGUGUCCUGAUGCUCAUGUUGCACUUCCGGAGUCACUUCAUAAGUUUGUGGAUGGGCAUAUGAAGAACCAAAGAGGUAGCCCUCUCGUGAUCGCCAAGGCACAGAGUAAAGGCAUUCCAAGCUACUAUUUAUCAACUCAUCCAAAGGAGAAAGACCAGGAGACAGCACACCUGCUAUCAGGGCAGACAGGCUGGCAGGAUAAAACAUUAAUAAGACUUUGUCAUCUCAUGAACAAUGCCCAUGAGGAUGCCUUCUUCGUGGAUGUUGGUGCAUACGUAGGUACCAUAGCGAUGGGUGUAGCUGCUUGUGGACAUCGAGUGGUUGCCAUAGAGCCGCAUCUUCAGAACUUUCAGCUCCUACAAGAGAGUGUGGCUUUGAACAAACUGGACGAUGACAGGAUCUUUCUCUAUAACAUAGCUAUCGGGAACCAGACAGGAAAGACUUGCAUUGCUGCUAGCUCCAGUGAUCACAGCAAUGCUAGAAUACCACCAUUAGAUCCAAAAAGUCCCUUGUAUUGCAAAAACGGGGAAAUCCCCAUCAACAGGCUGGAUGACGUCAUGAAGGAACUACCAGUAUGGAUCUUACACAUUGAUGUGCGAGGUUAUGAACCAGCUGUCAUCGCCGGGGCUGAGAAACUACUGACACGGGAAUCCCCGCCAAAAUAUCUUAUGUUUUCCGUUCAACACAGGUACAGCACGAAUGCGAUGGGGAACAUGGUGGAUUUUUCUGAUAUUUUGGAUUGGUUGAUUAAGAUUGGAUAUAACCUGAAGACAGCGCAACAUGAAAGCAUCAAGCAUGGAAAAGAAUACCUUGCCAAUGUAGGGUACGAUACCGAUUACGUCACGGCAGUAUUUGAACCAGAAACGUAAACGAUGGAACAAUAAAGACUUUAAUAUUGUUUCAAGAAUUAAUUGCGUCGCAUGGACAUUUCUGGAAAAAGUUUCUUUUAACGAUGAAGAGAGACUGAUCUUAACGUAAGAAACAAAUGAUUAAUGAUAAUCAUAAUAAUGAUAGAAUCCUGCCGAUCUCAGCUAUUUUUGUAUAGAUUCAUAUUAGUUUUGAAACUUUCGCUUCGAUUAUGUCAAAAGAAACUCUUGAGGACAGUAUACAUGUAUACUUUUAUACUUUUCAUACUUGUAUACCGAUGGAGGACAUCAUGAACGUCCAUCUUGCAUUUUGCCAAACAUGCAACGGUGGACUCAGAAUUGUUGCCUCAAUCAUGCUGUAAUAAUGAUUCCCUCAAGGGCAUUCCCGCAAAGCAAAAACUAUUGUCCUUCAUAAAUAAUGCGACAAAGGAGGCAAAGGCCCUCCAUGCAUGAUCGAGAAAGGUCGGCUGUGAUAUAUAUGUAGAACCAUUGAUACAAACCCUCAAUUAACUUGAUGGAUGGGAGUCAAAGUCCAAAUGACACAAAUUGUAUUGUAUUGUAUUAAAUUUGAUCAAUAUUAUACGUAAACUGAGAGCGAA